GUCAAUCUAACAAAGAAAUAGAGAUUAUGGUUACUUCUUACUCAACAAAAAAACGAGAACACUGUCUUAAACGCUAUUUAAAACCUAGUUCUUAGUAAAAACACUGCUUCUACUUAUUGUCGUCAGAACAUUAACCAGUCUAAAUGAACAACAAAAUCUUCUAACACUAGAUUAUAUCUUCUGGACGAAAAGUUUGGAUGAAACAUUUGCUACUAUAAAAGAUUAGUGAACUUUUAAGUUCCCCGUGCAUCGAUAUUCUGUAAAGAAUUAGUAACGAAAGUGUUUUUUGGAAUUUCUUAGUUGAACGAUCAAAAACAAAAAAGAACGCGUUUUUACUGCUUUAAACUUGGUAUAUUUCUAAAUGCUUUUUCAACUAAGGUCGCUACGAGUUACAGGUUACUUAACAUUGUCCCAGAAUUUAGAACAGAGAAUCUGUUUUUGCUUUGGAACAUUAUGGACAUAGAUUUGAACACGAACGACGUUACAAACAUAGACCGACCUUUGAUCCUCAAGGGUGUACGGUAUCAUACAGCAAGACAGUGCUGGGGGUUUGAAAAAACGGGCUCUGUCGUUAACGUUAUUGGAGUUGUUAAUUCCUUCAAAGCUCCUAAAAAGUCUCAAAAAGGAACGAAAGACUGGAGUGUAUCUUUCGUACUAUGGGACCCCUCGUGUACAGAGGCUUUUUUUGGACUCCACAUGUUAAUAUUUAGCAAAGAACUUAACGAACUACCGGCCAUUGAAUCUGUUGGUCAGAUUGUAGCUGUUCAAAGCAUCUCAUUGCAGAAUUUUCAAGGCCGUGUUCAAGCAUUAUCGAAGAGCUACUUUCGGUUUGCGAUAUUUAAUAUGAGUGCUAACGGUCUACAGCCCUCCACUCAAGAUAUUCCUCCUGCCCGCAAACUUGUAUGUACGAAAGAGGAGCUUCAGUACGUUGAAACCAUUCAUGAUGCUUGGCUCAAAUCGAGAGAAGCCAUUUCCGUAUCGCGGGAAACGACAUAUCUUAGUGCAAGAGUUCCAAGUCCACCCACUCACUUCAACCCAGUUCCCAUUUCAGAAAUCCACCCUCCCGGUUACUAUAAAAUAAUAUGUCAGGUAAUUCGAACCUGGUACACGGUCAAAAACUUUACUGCCUUCGUAUCCGAUUAUUCAGACAAUGAGCUGAUCUACGAACUUUUACCAAAAGAAGAUGGGACACAUUCCAAGUCUAAAACCAUUUACGGCCGUAAGCUUCUACGGGUGACGUUGUGGGAUCAAAACGAUAUGUACUGUCGAAAGUUCGUGAAAGAGGGCGACUACCUAUUACUUAGCAACGUGAAGGCAAAACUCGAUCCGCGUGGGAAUCUUGAAUGUUUGAUCCAAGGAGACCGAAACAUUGAAAAAAUACAUGUUCAAAAACUACGACCAGAUGAUGAUCUACUUCUCAACCUAAAACGUCGGCGACUUGAAUAUUUCCGCGCAGAGAAGGAUAUCAUAAAGCGAAGUCGAGCACCUGAAAAAAAGGAACCAGUUGGCAAACGACUCUCCUCAACAGAUGUCUCAUCUCAGAAGGAUAAACCCGCUUCUAGCAAUGGCAUCCAAAUGAAUACAAACGUCAUCUCUCAACAUACAGAGAUUCCAAGAACCACAAUAGCGCAAGUUCUUCACUCACCAGAAUGUGUCAAUAUUACGCCCAAAAAGUUCCGACUACUUGCUCGAGUUGUCGACUUUUGGCCGCGCAAAUUGUGUGAUUUCUGUGUUCGGCGUUGUCCCGGCGAAGAAUAUGUCUGGAUGUUUGUACUAUUAAUGCAAGAUGUUUCACAGGCAACACUUCCUGUAAUAUUCUACGGAGAUGAUGCUGCAGCAUUGCUGAAUCUGUCCACAUUGCAACCGCAAAACCUUCGUCGAAACCGCAAGGCGUUGACGACCAUGAAAGAGCGAAUGUUUUUACUAUGGGGCAAUUUGGAGGAAAUGAUUCAGGAAAAGGACAGCCUUGAAUGCCGACUAAAGCAUCUUAAUAACCCUUGGUUUGAGCUGUGCGUCUACGAAUACACUUGCGAACAAACAAACGAAGGGAAUGCUAAGGAGUUUGGAAACAAACGCUGGCGAGGGUUUGGCCUCCGGAUAAAGUAAUCUUUACUAUGAGAAGGCACAUCACCGAGUCUAAAAAUAAUAUUUUUGGAGAGCCCGCUGCUUGUUCCUAGCAUCCUUUUUUUCUGUUCAUACAAACAUAACGAAACCACCUUUGAGUAAACAUAUUAUAACGAGAUUUAUAAGUAAGAAAAAGAAGUAAAAUAGACGUAAUCAGUCGGUGGAAACAUCUCAGCAAUUAAGAAAGUCAUGAGAAGGAAAGGGUAAGAGAAUG